CUUGUUUUCAUGUUUUCAUGGCUUAAAAGUUUUCUGGGUCUUUUUUUUUUCUUGCUCUGUACUCUGUUUGUUUUACUCUAAACCUCUUUGCUUUCUUGAAACUCUUUUGGAGUUCAGAAAGUCUUUCUUUUCUUAGUAACGAAACAGAUCAGUAUUAUAAUUCCUGUUCUUUAAUCUAUAAUCAGCUGAAAGUUUCAGUUUUUGGUUCAUAAAUGUAUAAUUAAUAAGUUUCUGAAUAAUACUAAUCAGAUCAAGUAUAUUUUCUGCACAAGCUUUAGUCUCAUUGUUUUUCUCUUUUAUUGAAUUUUGUUCCUGGGGGUCUUUUCAAUCUGUUUCUUUUUACAGUUAAGUGAAUUCGAGCAGUUUUUAGCAUAAGACUAUUCAGAUAGAAGGGUUGUAUUUGCUGUUGUUUCAAUGGACUGGAGGCUUGAAUAGCAAAUAGCAAAAGAAGGAGUGGAGAUGAGGGGGGAGUCAUCUGGUUUGAUCAUUGGGAUCUCUAUAGGGUUAGUGAUCGGUGUGCUUUUAGCUAUUUUUGCACUGUUUUGUAUCAGGUAUCAUAGAAGGAGAUCCCAGAUAGGAAACAGCAGUUCCAGGAGGGCUGCAACUAUUCCUAUCAGGGCUAAUGGAGCUGAUUCUUGUACUAUAUUAUCGGAUUCGACUAUUGGUCCUGAGUCACCUGUGAAAUCUGGAAGAAAUAGAAUGCCUAUGUGGCUUGAAGGGUUUAGAAGGAGUAAUGUUGUCUCUGCAUCUGGAAUACCCGAGUAUCCAUACAAGGAUUUGCAAAAAGCAACCUAUAAUUUUACAACACUAAUAGGACAAGGAGCCUUUGGUCCGGUUUAUAAAGCUCAAAUGUCAACUGGUGAAACAGUUGCUGUAAAAGUGCUCGCCACUGAUUCUAAGCAAGGGGAGAAAGAGUUCCAGACAGAGGUUAUGUUAUUGGGAAGGCUGCAUCACAGAAACCUUGUAAAUUUGGUUGGAUAUUGUGCAGAAAAGGGUCAGCAUAUCCUUGUCUAUGUGUACAUGAGUAAAGGCAGCUUGGCUUCUCAUUUGUACAGUGAAAAUCAUGAACCUCUGAGCUGGAAUUUGAGGGUUUAUAUUGCUUUAGAUGUAGCAAGGGGCUUGGAAUAUCUUCAUGACGGGGCAGUUCCUCCCGUAAUACACCGGGACAUUAAGUCAUCCAAUAUUCUGUUGGAUGAGUCCAUGAGAGCCAGGGUGGCUGAUUUUGGGCUUUCAAGAGAAGAGAUGGUAGACAAACACAAGGCUAACAUACGAGGAACGUUUGGAUAUCUCGAUCCUGAGUAUAUAUCUACAAGGACCUUUACUAAGAAAACCGAUGUUUACAGUUUCGGGGUAUUGCUCUUUGAACUCAUAGCUGGCAGAAAUCCUUUACAGGGUCUCAUGGAAUAUGUUGAGCUAGCAGCUAUUAGUACUGAAGGAAAAGUUGGGUGGGAGGAAAUCGUGGAUUCACGAUUGGACGGGAAAUUUGACGUGCAAGAGCUCAAUGAAAUAGCAGCUCUUGCGUAUAAAUGUGUUAACCGUGUUCCCAAGAAACGGCCUUCCAUGAGGGACAUCGUGCAAGUGCUAACACGAAUCCUUAAAACGAGACACAGCAAGAAGCAUCAGAAGUCCCCAUCUGCUACCGUGGAUGAGGUUACAGCUGACUUAGAGCAAGGAGAAACUAGGAUUCUGGUAACCGAACACCAAAGAGACGAGUCCAUGGAUAGCACAGCUGACACUUUUGAAAUGUAGUCAGUGGUUCUUCCAUUUGUUAAAUUUUCUUGGUUUGGGCUUUGUUUGUGACAUACUUGGGGAUGUAAAGGAGCUAAAGCAAAAGCAGGUUUGGUUGUAGCAUUUGAGUUCUUUUUUGAGUGGGUUAGGGUAAAAGGAUUGUGUGUAAUUUGGUGUAACAUAGUUAGGGUUUUCCUCUUUUUAUCAUUUUUUUUUCUCCUUUGUUUUGCUAAUCUAAUUUUGUAUAUUAAUAGUUUAGAAAUGAAAAUGAAUGAAAGCAUAGAUGAUGUCUUUCCAAAAAUGUUUUUCUACCUUGUAAACUUCACCAACCCUAAUUGGUUUUCGACAUA